AUGUGGGAUGCCAUACAUGAUGUUUUUCUAGUAAUCCGUGAUUACCUGUCUACUGCUGGUUUUGAUUGCAGAGAUCCAGUAGAAAAUGUUGAGCUGAUGGCGGUAAAACAGGAAACCUAUAAUCAGGUUUACCAGACUAAGCCAGGUGCUGCAAGCUUCAACGAUGAUCCUGUCUUUGCGGAUCUGGAAGCCAUCACUUAUCCGACUGAUGAUGCUAUGCUUGAGGAGCAACCAACACGUGCAGCCGGUACUGGAGACAGGGCCGGCCCUGACAUUCCGGGGGCCCUAGAAGGGCCGGCCCUGACUGGAGAGCAGCCCACUGAAGAUGCUGCUGCUGAAGAUACCAUCAUUGUUGGUACCACUAAAAUCCUUGCAGAUGAUCCAACUCAGUCUGAUGACGAUGCAUCUUCUAAAGCUCCAACAGAAGAGCCACCAUCCCCUCCUCGCCCAGUAUCUCCAGAAGGCCCUGUGGAGAAUGUGGAUCCAUAUUCUCCCAAGACUUCUCCAAAAAAAUCUCCAUCGCCUUCUCCGGAGCAAAUGGAUUAUGCUCUCAAAAUCAUCCCUGAAAUUUCUACAAUGGCUGGAGAUAGGGAUACUCUUCCGGACACUGAGAUUGCAAAAAUGGAUGUGGAUGCCCCCACUGAUAUCCCAACCAAUGAAGAUGUGGAAAUGGUUGAGGAAACUUCUGCUCCUGAUGUAGAUGCAUCCACUGAAUUAGCUGAUGAUUCAGUCAAGGGAACAAUUGAGGAAGUUCCCAAAUUAUCAACUGAAGAUGUGGUUCCCACUCCCACUGAAACUCCAAUCACUGAACCAGACACUGGAGUGGAACAACCACAGGCCGAGGCUAUGGUCAUUGAUGACAUAGCUAAUACUGAAGAAUCCGCUGAAAUUUCUCAGCAGUCAACUGAUAUUCCGGCCACUGAUUCAUCCAAAGCUCCCACUGAUGUGUCCAAGCUGGCUACUGAUAUACCAGUCCCUGAAGUUGUUGAAGCUCCUAAGACUAUUGAUUUUUUCUCGCUAAAUAAUAUAUAUUAUAUGUGA